GUAGCGUUGAAGCCGCAUGUCUAACGAAGAGCUGCCACGUGUGCUGGCAUCAAUAAAGCACUGCUGCCUCUUCGCUCGCUUUUUCCCCUAGCGGAAGCUUCAAAAUUUCUGUAACCUGCAAUGCAGCCACGUCAGGGCUGAUUGCUCCUAGGCAUACCAGUACGUCAGUAGAAGACCAUUCUCUAUCUCUCUCACUCUAUCUAUGGUCUAUACCUCUUGUUCGGUUUCUCCUUAAGAAGGGCACUACUUACUCGCUGCCUCUGACACUUCACUUCCGCCAUUAUCGUUCGUCUUCUAAGGUCCAGGCGUUUCUUCUUCCAACCACUUCUCUCUCAUACACCCAGAAAACCCUAAAGUCUAUUGGAUUAAUUAUGUGACGAUUGAGAACAUAACGAAAUUCGUAAUUAUUCGAUCCAUUGGGGUAGUUUUGUCACUUGCAGAUCUUGUUCGUGUCCACUGUCGUUGCCAGAUUACGAAGAUCGCGGAGUCCGAUGACCUGGGAGCUGAAAUUCUUAUAAGAAGUGAUCAAAUUUAAGGUUGACGGUUGGAUUUUUGGUGUCGCUCUGAGCUCAUUUGUUGUAGUCUUUGGAGUUUGUUCAAUUUUGAGUGGUUAGUUAUCUGAGAUUUUGUCUGAAGAAUGUUUGAUUUUGAUUUUGAUCUUGAACCGACAAAGUGGUAAGUGGUCGUCAUUACUAUGGCCUGGUGUCUGGGUCGAUUGGAUUUAUCCGUUUUUAUUUCAUAAGAUAAACCGCAGAACUGGACCUUUCCAAUUCGUUGCUUGUGGAUAUCUGGUGAGAAGUAGAACCUGAAUCUAACUAUUAGAGGCUUUAAUUAGCAAGAUGAUUUUAAUGCGAGGUCCCCCACCCGGAAUUUUGCUUAUAAGAAGGCUUCGAGGCAAGGAAUGGAGCUUUAAUACGUACAGAUAUGUUGUUUUGCUUCUUACUUUUAUUGCAUAUGCUUGCUUCCAUGCUUCUCGAAAACCUACCAGUAUUGUUAAGAGUGUUUUGGAUCCAGAGCCUGUCAAGAUUGGCCAUUCUUAUCCGUGGCCUCUUGGUGAGGUUUUCGUUAUGGAGAAAGGAUUGAUCAAUAAUGGCUCUGGAUUAUUUGGCAGGGGAUGGGCCCCCUUCAAUGGAGAGGAUGGGACUGUGAAAUUGGGUGAGAUUGAUGUUGCAUUUCUUGCUUGCUACUCUAUGGGGAUGUAUGUAGCGGGGCACCUUGGAGAUACGCUAGACUUACGUCUGUUUUUGACUAUUGGAAUGAUUGGGAGUGGAAUCUUUGUUGGACUUUUUGGUAUGGGUUACUUUUGGAGUAUCCAUGUGUUCUGGUAUUAUCUGGUGAUGCAAAUGAUAGCUGGAUUGUUUCAGGCCACUGGGUGGCCUUCUGUUGUUGCUGUUAUUGGUAAUUGGUUUGGGAAGAGAAAGAGGGGUUUGAUUAUGGGUGUCUGGAAUGCUCAUACAUCUGUUGGGAAUAUCAGUGGGUCCUUACUUGCUGCUAGCGUCUUGCAGUAUGGUUGGGGCUGGUCAUUUAUUCUCCCUGGUGGAUUGAUCAUUUUGGGAGGGAUAAUGAUAUACUUGUUCCUGGCUGCUUAUCCUGAAGACAUAGGCUUUCCUUCCCCUUAUGGGUUGCACUCACAUAGUACGGGAGAUUCAGUGUGUAAAGAUGAGGAAGCUCAGAUGCCAAAAGGGCAUGUGGUGGAAGCUGAAACAAGUAGUCUCAGUCGAGGUGGAUCAAUGACUAGAGGCAGUGCUGUUGGGCUCAUUGAAGCUUUGUCCAUACCAGGAGUGAUACCAUUUGCAUUGUGUCUUUUCUUCUCAAAGCUUGUGGCAUACACAUUCCUAUAUUGGUUGCCUUUCUAUCUGACUCAGACUGAGAUUGGAGGUGAGUAUGUGUCAGUCAAGUCUGCUGGAAACCUUUCUACUCUGUUUGACGUCGGGGGAAUAGUAGGUGGAAUCUUAGCUGGCUACAUAUCUGAUAGACUUAAGGCUCGGGCCAUUACGGCAGCUAGCUUUAUGUAUGCUGCUAUUCCUUCUAUGCUCCUAUACCGCUUAUAUGGGAGUAUUUCUAAGUCCUCGAACAUUGCAUUGAUGAUAAUUACUGGUUUGUUUGUGAAUGGGCCAUAUGCACUAAUCACAACUGCAGUUUCUGCUGAUCUUGGCACCCACAGCUCUCUGAAGGGUGAUGCCCGAGCACUUGCAACCGUGACUGCCAUUAUUGAUGGCACUGGAUCUGUUGGUGCCGCACUUGGGCCUUUUCUUACUGGUUUUAUUUCAACAAAGGGGUGGGAUGGGGUUUUUCUUAUGCUUAUUGUUGGGGCUCUUAUUGCUGGUCUUCUUUUAUCACGACUGGUAAUGGCAGAAAUUCAAGAAAAGACUGGCAAACAGAAGCCUCAUUCUGAUGUUCUAAGGCAACAGGGAGCUGAAGUUUCUGCAUCUCAACCUCUCUUGAGGGAUCAAAGAUGACAAUCAGGUAUGGAGCCACAAGCUAUUUCCAAGAGUCAGGAAUAAGGGGCAAACAAGAAAGAAAAGUAUGAAUCUUAUGUAUGAAAUAAUGAAUAUAAAAUCAUUUCACAUUAAAAUGAGGAAAUUUUGAUGGCUUUUGGGUUUCGUGGGACAUUUUGUGUUGAACUGUAUUAUAUAUAUAAUUUUUAUAUGCAGUAUCAUGUUCUUUUUUGCUGAGAUUACUGCAUUUCAUUAUCAUGCCCCAGUUGUAUUAUGGAUGAUACAGCCCUCUUUGGAACUUUCAUUACCUUUCUUUGUUAUUGUUAUGGAUUGGCA